AUUCUUAAUCGCUAACCACCAUUACCCAAGCUAGCACACCUCUUACUUGACACAAUUAUUAUCACUUCAUGGCCCUAGGCAGAAUCGUGCAUUAUGCUGUAGACGCAGUGCUAGUUUCAACUGUCGUCGCCGGCAUCCGGCGGUCGAGUGGAUUCGCCGUUGACACUAGUCUGAUAUCAGACCCAACCAUGCGCUCAGUUGCUGAUCGUUUCCUCGGCGUUGGCGAAACUAUAUUCGACAUGGCCACAGCUACGUCUGUUAAUAGUGAUUAUUUCAAGAAGGACUCGAGGAGAUAGUAGACGAUGUCUUAUGUACGAGCGAAGAGGUGGUCAUGAAGAAUCAAAUAGUCAACGGACGCCAGCGUCUCGUUAUUCAUAGUGAGAGAUGAUUGCCCAUGAAUUUUAAGAUAUUGGCUUGUCGUGAUCCCUUCCAAAUGUUCGGGAACAUGG